AUGAGCGAGUUAUUUUUGAACUCGGCAUGUUUCAUUCGAAAGAUUCCGGCGCGGGGAAGUGUGAAGCAAUCCAGAAAGAAACAAGCAAAACCACCGAUUGACUGCGCCCAAGGAAGCAGUGAUAUCGCCGCAGCCGCAUUAUCACCUUCGAACAUACUGAACCCAAAAGAUCGUAAGCGUAAAAUUGAUGAUGGCUGUGAUGUGGAUAGAUUGGAAUCAAAUGACGAAGAAACGGCGGUAUGCUCAUCAAGGAUGAAUGAAGCGAGUGCUAUGUGGAAUGAAGAUGCAAAAGGUGUGGGUAACGAUCUGAUUAGUAUACUAAAUGAUCAGAUGAGUGGUACAAAAAUGACUGCAGAUAGUCAUCAAAGUGCGGACGGAGCGAUUGGAAACGAUGCUGGAAACGACAAUAUGACUAUGAAGAAUGAACGAAAUAGUGUUGAAAAUGGUGACCUUCUGUCUAAAAAUCUAAAAUUUCGUGUCCCACAAGUGAAGAACGCAGCAAAAAAUCAAAGGAUGGCACAAUCAGUUUCGCAUGCUAGGCGAAUAUUUUCCGAAGAAUUGCAACGAUGUUCUGGAGAUAUAUGCAAAGAUGUGUGGCAAUGUUCGGAUUCGAAUAGUCCAGUCACUGAGUUGCAAACAACAAACUUUAAUCAAAACGAUGAAGAUGAAUCGCCGCACAGAAGUGAUGCUAACGAUAUAAUCACUGAGGAUAGCUCAAAUGACAAAAAUAUUUCACGUACCAUUGAAACCUGUGAUGUCGUAAGCAACCGUACAAGUAUUACUGAUCGUUUAUUCGAUGACGGAAAUGGUACACUUCAAAUUGAUGCUCAAAAUGCUCAGAAACUAAUGAGUUGUUGUGCUGAAGCAUGUGAUGAAGAGAACGUCUGUUCGAUGAAGUGUCAUCCGUCAACAUCAAAUUCAGCGAUCGACAAUCAAUUGCCUGUUAACUUACUAUUAACACCUUCGCCAACAGCUGAUAAUGCUAAGAAUCGAUCAUCACUAAACAGCGAUCGUUCGAUGAAGGCAAGGAAAGGCAAACGACGAAAUCAACCGCGUCUGAAUGCUUGGUCAUAUUUUGAUAUAUGUGCACAACCCUCGUCGGUGUCAGUUGAAUCUACGAAGGGAGCUGCAAGCGCUGACCUCGUACGAGUGGUACGUUGUCGCGUUGAAGACUGCAAUCGAGAGUUUUCCUUUCCCCAUGGCAACAAAAACUAUACGAAGGAAAUGCUUAUGCAUGCUCUGUCGCAUGAAAGGCCUCGAAAACAAACAAAUCUUAUUCUUAAUAUUGCCCGAAGUCGUCAUCAGUCAUCAGUGGAUGAUGACUCCCAAAACGAUGAUGCUUCUUCAAACAGUUUGACCGGGAAUGAUAGUGAACAAACGCUAAGAAACGACGUCAGUUGUGCGUCAACUGCAAUGAAUGCUUCGGACAAUAAUGAUAACCUUAAUGCUACUGGUGAAUUCGAACAAAGUGUUGAUUCAGCAUUUGAAAUAUUCAAUCGUUCCAAUGAACAAUGGGCAGCUGAUAAUGGUAUUAAGAAAAGCAAUUGGAUAAAGAGUUCUGGUAAGAAGUAUGAAUGGCUUAUCCCGAUCAAGCCACCAUUCAGACAGAGAGGUGCAUAUUGGAAUCACUUCAUUUUGUGUAUGCCAAAAGGUGGAAUAGCCACAGGUCAGUUGAGACCGAGGUUCGUGGCACGAUGUCGUAUUGGUGAAUGUGUGAAAGAGUUCGAUUGUAGCUACAGAUACACUGACUCAAUGUUGAGACAUGUGCAAAUUCAUCGUCGUAAGAAUCAGAUGAUGCUCGAAGAGAAGAAUCAACAAAAGCAAGAUAAAGCAGCAAGAAAUCGAAGUAAGGUAUUGGUAGCGCGUAAUCGUAAUGAUAUGUUGAUACCUUUGUUGAUAACGGCUGCUACCGAUAGACUCUCAUCCACGUCGUCCUCAUCAUGUGCCGGGUUAUCGUUAUCGCAGUUGCUGUCCAAGGAAGAUGAUAAUGAAUUGAGAUGUUAUGCAUGGGUAAGGUGCGAUUGGAAUGAAGAGAAACAGUCGGAGGAACGUUAUGGCUGUGUCGGUUGUUCGCACAUUUAUCCGAGUCGUGAUGAACGCUAUGAACUGUUCAACAUACCGAAAUUGGUAAUAUCAUCUUCGGGAACGGGUAAGAUUACAAUACCGGAUCAGUGCGAGCAUUUUUGUGAGCCGGAAAGAUGCAGUGAUUAUUGUGAUUUCCGCUACUACGACCCUCUCUCGGCUGACCCAUUCAUCAAUCCAGCUCAGCUGAAACUGAACAGUGAGAUAACAGAACGCCUAAAAAGUGAAGUGAACGCAAUGCGUCGUACAGUGCUUGAAGUGGCAGUCGAUGACGAUUUGCGUUUUGUGAAAGUGAUUCGAUUGAAAUGGGAUGAUGUGCUUGGUAAUGACCUGAUGGACAGUGGCGAAGAUCGGUGGCAGAUUAUUCUGGACACGUAUUUAGAGAAUGGCUGGGAAUGGCGAUCCAAACAGUUGCCAAAAGAGCGUUGGGAAAGUAUUGUAAACGGUGUUGAGGCGAAAAGAAAAAGUUUCGUGUCGACAAAGAAUCUGACGAAAUGCGAACGAAUAGUUGAAUUGAUGUUGCGAAGAAUCAAAGACAACGAGUGUUGGAUGAGCAAUCAUGAAGGCACUUCGACGCAAAUGUCAGAUACUGUUCAAGAAGAGGUUCUGGACUGCUCUCAUCUGAGUUUACGUUUUCGAAGUAAUCGACGGAAAGACACUGAUUUUAUGCGUGCAGUUUCGAGCGAAUGGCCAGUUAUAUCAAUGGCAAACAUUUGCGAUGAUAAGGGCAGAAAACAGUUGCGUGCCGCAUGGGAUCGUAUUGGUGAUGUUCGAACUGUUCGAAAAUCCAGUAUAACUGCUCAGCGAUGUGCUCCAUUGCAUUGGAGCUACCUGUGUCCUAAACUAAUUGAUAACAUCAGAAGAAAGUCAUCUAGUGGCAAGAGUUGGGUGCCGGAUGAAGCUGAAUCACUUCUGAUGUGUAUGCUUGAUCGAGCACCAAAAGCGAUCAGACUGAGAAAACGUGGAAUGAAAAUGAAUGAUUUGAGAAUCAUUUUAACGCAUUUGUUGGAGAAUCAUCCAGAUUUUGUCACAACAAAAUGGCGUAAAAAAGAAUUGGAAAGCAUAUUCGAUGAGAUUGCGGAUACGUAUGCCUUGAACGAAAGAACUCGUGAGCAGUUAUUACAUGCACAACUUGGAUAUCUUCUCAUUAUGUUAUACAUUCGUCGAACUUUGAUGCGAUGGAAUAGAUAUAGAGGUGCAUCAUUUUUGGUACUAUUCAACGAAUGCGAUCGUUUAGCGUUGAAACUUUGUGAAGUGGAUAUAUCAGCACAUCUAAAUGACAUUCAGUUAUGUGGAAAUCGGCGUAGGAAUAAGAUGAUUGCAAUAGCGAAAGAUGAGAUAAGGUUCGUGAAAUUGGUUUCACAGCUUCGGGAUUCGAUGCUUUUAUGCGUCCCGUUGAAUGAGCCAUGGCAGAUCAUUUAUGACACUUAUCAAGCGAAUCGCUGGCAGUGGAUGUGGCCUAGAAACGCACUGAGUCGAUGGCGUCGUAUCGUUUCGAAUUUUAAGAUGAAGCGGAAAGCGCGAGACAAGAAAGGCGAAAAUUGGGUGAUGAGUAAGGUGGAUACGAUUUUAGCGAAUUCGAUGAGCGACGUACUGGAGUUUGAUGGGAAGAAAUCUCGAAAUAUCUCAUCUCACAAGUUUGAAGAGAGCUUACGAGCAGUCUUUAAAAGUAUUGCAAUUUCGUCACCGAAUUUCGAUUUGUGCGAUGACGAAGAUCGUCAAAAAACGAUACGACAAGCACUGAGUUACCUUGACUUCGAUGCUGACUUUCUUGGCUAUAUUGUGCAGAAUUCAGCGCGUCUCCUCAGCACCAUCCUAGCAACCGCAAAGAAAGGAUUGGUGACCAAAAGAGUACUGAGUGCUUUGGAAUGCAGUGUUCUGAAGUUGUUCAAAAUAGAUUUUGCUGAUGCCGUCGACUCAACUGUUGCGAAUAGCGAUGAGCUUUCGGUCGAUGAACUCGUCAGUGCAAUUCAAAUCGACGCAAAAUUGGGUGUAUGGAUUGAUUAUUCAAGUAUCAAUCAAGCGAAACGGCAGAUCAGUCAUAACGGUCCACAUUCUUUUCUGUUGAAUAGUAAGGAUACUGAAGUGAAUUCCGAGAACGAUGACAUAAUGUCAGCAGUUGAUGAUGAUGAUGUUUACGGUUUUGAAGACGUGUUCAGUGACAACGAUGAAGACGAUAAUAGUUCUUGUUGUGACAAUUCUAGUUCAGAGAUGGACUGCGAGUCGCUUGGUGGUUGGGUUUCUCUGAUUCCAAAAGAGGAACCGAGCGGUGUUAAAGAGUCGACUGGAGUUCAAAAAUUGCAACCGUGUAUAAAGAAGGAGAUGUCGGAAUAG